AUGUUGUCCUUGGUUGAGGAUGAGCUUACCAUAGAUAUGAUAUCCUGGGUUGAGGAUGAGCUUACCAGAGAUAUGAUAUCUUGGGUUGAGAAUGAGCUUACCAGAGAUAUGAUAUCCUGGGUUGAGGAUGAGCUUACCAGAGAUAUAAUAUCCUGGGCUGAAGAUGAGCUUACCAGAGAUAUGAUACCCUGGGUUGAGGAUGAGCUUACCAGAGAUAUAAUAUCCUGGGUUGAAGAUGAGCUUACCAGAGAUAUGAUACCCUGGGUUCAGGAUGAGCUUACCAGAGAUAUGAUACCCUGGGUUCAGGAUGAGCUUACCAGAGAUAUGAUAUCCUGGGUUGAGGAUGAGCUCACAAGAGAUAUGAUAUCCUGGGUUGAAGAUGAGCUUACAAGAGAUAUGAUAUCCUGGGUUGAGGAUGAGCUUACCAGAGAUAUGAUACCCUGGGUUGAAGAUGAGCUUACAAGAGAUAUGAUAUCCUGGGUUGAGGAUGAGCUUACCAGAGAUAUGAUAUCCUGGGAUGAGCUUACCAGAGAUAUGAUAUCCUGGGUUGAAGAUGAGCUUACCAGAGAUAUGAUAUCCUGGGUUGAAGAUGAGCUUACCAGAGAUAUGAUACCCUGGGUUGAGGAUGAGCUUACCAGAGAUAUGAUAUCCUGGGUUGAAGAUGAGGUUACCAGAGAUAUGAUAUCCUGGGUUGAAGAUGAGGUUACCAGAGAUAUGAUACCCUGGGUUGAGGAUGAGCUUACCAGAGAUAUGAUAUCCUGGGUUGAGGAUGAGGUUACCAGAGAUAUAAUAUCCUGGGUUGAGGAUGAGCUUACAAGAGAUAUGAUAUCCUGGGUUGAGGAUGAGCUUACCAGAGAUAUGAUAUCCUGGGAUGAGGAUGAGCUUACCAGAGAUAUGAUAUCCUGGGUUGAGGAUGAGCUUACCAGAGAUAUGAUAUCCUGGGUUGAGGAUGAACUUGCCAGGGAUAUGAUAUCCUGA